AUGCAUCCUCAUGGUCUUGGGCCGUCAUAUCGUCCCGUCGUGCCUAAAGGGCUGUUGCAGUGCAUUGUAGUGAGAAACACCGAGAGGGACCAGCACAGCAACGCAGCGACGGAACACAUCGAGAAAGAAACACGUAGUCCAUUCUUAGUUGAUUUAUUCCCGAGAACUGCAUGCAGUCAGUCAAAAGGAAAAAGAUAUCAGAGAGCGAAUACGCCUCUGCUGGGCCAUUUCCAGGGCUUCAGGACAGUGCGUAGAGCAAUUGGCUCUGGUGACUUACACGCCCCCCUUCAGCGUCAAGGCAGAUUUUUCCAGCAGCUUUCGCAUGCUGUUGUAGGUAUCAUCAGACGUGGAUUCAGUUUUGCCUCUGCCGAGGUCUAA